AGAAGAGGCACGAGGGAUCGAUUGAAGACAGCAUUAAUAUUGAGACGAGGCAGCGCAGUACCUCAAUACACAGACCUAUAUCAAACUUGAACCGACACAGCACACAACCCCAAUCUUUUUAGACGUGGAUACGUGUUUUUGAUGUUCAAUUUUGUUUUCAAUUUUUGUUACAUCUUGCCAGCAUCUGGGCUUGUAUCUCGCUGCAUGAUGUAGAUUAUUCAAAUUUAAUCUGGACAAAAUAUUCGAAUUAAUACCAUUCAUCUACUUGAACCUUUCGAUGAUCGUGUUAUGGUGUUGUGCUGUCUCAUUUGCUCGCUGUGACUCGUGUGUCAUGAGACAGAAGUACUGUAGGUUAGACUACCGAAUAAUCGUGGGAACAAAUUUUAGGUGUGAGUGCUCCGACCUGCACGCACGACCAACGCUUUUUUACUCAUUGCGAGGUCAUCGGGCCGCGAAUCCGAUAAUGGCUCGAGAUAGCAGCAUCCAAGAUAUUCCAUGUAACUUUACGCCCGGUCCUGCGCGCGGACUGCCCACUGGGAUCUUGCUCUGUCUGCAACAAAUUGCUAGUGUAUGGCGAUUUUUGAAUGUUCCGACACUCGCAGCGUGACACUGGAUACAGCAAGCACAAACGAAUUUUUCUUCACUGUCUCAAACUCUGGAAGGUUGCGAAGAGCUGCGGUAGUUUGUCUUUUGUUCCGUUAGCCUAGUAAUCACGAUUCACUUUCCAGUGCUUUCGUUCUGGAAUCUGUAUGACGUUUAUGAUGGCCAGCGGCUACAGCCU